AUGCGCGGGCAGUAUCCCCGGGCCGGGCAGGAGCGGUGGCGGCGGCGGCGGCAGGAGGAGCAGCAGCCGCGGAAGAAGCAGCAGCAGCAGCAGCAGGGCCAGGCGGAGCCCGCGGGCGCCCGGCGAGCAGGCGGCGGCCCCGGGCUGCGUCCAGGCGGCGAGCCACGGCAGCACUAG